GCCAUGGAGCUCACCCUGAAUCGCUCCGACUAUUUACAGGUGGGUGUCACCUCUCAGAAGACCAUGAAGCUGCUCCCAGCAUCAGGACGCAGAGCAACUCAGAAGGUGGUUGUUGGAGAUCAAGACGGGGUGGUUACAUGUUUUGGCAUCAAGAAAGGAGAAGUUAUGCCAGUGUUCAAGACUUUACCAGGGCUGAAGAUUGCACGACUGGAACUGGGAGGAGCACUUAACACACCACAGGAGAAAAUUUUUGUGGCUACAGGCUCAGAAAUCAGAGGUUUCACAAAGAGGGGAAAGCAGUUCCUUUCAUUUGAAACUAACCUCACUGAAAGCAUCAAAGCUAUGCAUAUCUCUGGCUCAGAUCUCUUCCUCUGUGCCAAUUACAUCUAUAACCAUUACUGUGACUGCAAAGACCAACAUUACUACCUGUCGGGGGACAAAAUCAAUGAUGUGAUCUGUCUUCCAGUUGAAAAAUUGCCUUGUAUUAUACCCAUUCUGGCCUGUCAGGACAGAGUGCUUCGAGUAUUACAGGGGUCUGAUAUGAUGUAUGAAGUGGAAGUCCCUGGUCCCCCCACAGUCCUCGCCUUACACAAUGGGAAUGGUGGUGAAUCUGGAGAGGAUCUUCUGUUUGGAACUUCAGAUGGGAAACUUGGAAUUAUUCAGAUCACAGCAUCUAACCCAGUACAUAAAUGGGAAAUGAGAAAUGAGAAAAAGAGAGGAGGCAUUCUCUGUGUCGACUAUUUUGAUAUUGUGGGAGAUGGCGUUAAAGACCUGCUUGUUGGUCGAGACGAUGGAAUGGUGGAAGUGUAUAGUUUUGAUGCUGUCAAUGAGCCCGUUCUCCGCUUUGACCAGCCCUUGUCUGAGAGUGUCACAUCCAUCCAGGGUGGCUGUGUGGGAAAGGAUGGUUACGAUGAAAUCGUGUUAACCACAUAUUCAGGCUGGAUCACAGGUCUGACCACAGAGCCUAUCCAGAAGGAGAGCGGGCCUGGGGAAGAACUUAAAAUAAACCAGGAGAUGCAGAACAAGAUUGCAUCCUUGCGGAGUGACUUGGAACAUUUGCAAUUUAAAGUGAUUCAGGAAAGAGAAAAAUACCAGCAGUCAUCCCAAUCCAGCACAGCAAUAUCUGCAGUGCCAUCUUUCAGUGUGAAUGAUAAAUUCACAUUAAAUAAGGAUGAUGCCAGCUAUAGUCUCAUUUUGGAGGUGCAGACAGCUAUUGAUAACGUCAUGGUACAGAGUGAUGUCCCAAUAGACUUACUUGAUGUGGAUAAGAAUUCUGCUGUGGUUAGUUUUAGCAGCGCCGAUACAGAGUCAAAUGAGAACUUUCUCCUGGCCACUUAUCGAUGCCAAGCAAAUACUACGAGGCUGGAACUCAAGAUUCGCUCUAUUGAAGGCCAGUAUGGAACACUACAAGCAUAUGUAACUCCAAGAAUUCAGCCCAAAACCUGCCAGGUCCGUCAGUAUCAGAUCAAGCCCCUUUCACUUCAUCAGAGAACUCACUUUAUCGAUCAUGACAGACCCAUGAACACUUUGACCUUGACCGGCCAGUUCAGUUUUGCCGAAGUUCACUCCUGGGUGGUGUUCUGCCUGCCUGAGGUUCCAGAAAAAGCUCCAGCCGGAGAAUGUGUGACUUUCUAUUUUCAAAACACGUUCCUCGAUACACAGCUGGAAAGUACUUACAGAAAAGGAGAAGGAGUCUUUAAAUCAGACAACAUUUCUACCAUAUCCAUCCUAAAGGAUGUACUUUCUAAAGAAGCCACAAAAAGGAAAAUUAAUCUCAACAUAGCCUACGAGAUCAGUGAAGUGUCUGUGAAUCACACAUUAAAGCUGAUUCACCCUAAACUGGAAUACCAGCUCCUGUUGGCCAAGAAAGUGCAGUUAAUCGAUGCUUUAAAGGAACUGCAGGUGCAUGAGGGAAAUACUGACUUUUUGAUACCAGAAUAUCGCUGCAUUCUCGAAGAGGCUGACCGCCUGCAGGAGGAGUACAAGAAACAGCCUGCACACCUGGAAAGGCUCUAUGGCAUGAUCACAGACCUCUUCAUCGACAAGUUCAAGUUUAAAGGCACCAACGUGAAGACCAAAGUGCCUCUUCUGCUGGAGAUUCUGGACAGUUAUGACCAAAAUGCCCUCAUCACUUUCUUUGAUGCCGCUUAAAACAUACAGUGUAGGUCGAGCAACCAAAUAGCUGUAGAUAGGAAAGGAUGUUUUCAAAUAUAUCACAGAUUAGAUUUUGACCAUUUUUACCUGGUUCUGACUCUAUCUCAAAUCGUUUGGAUGCUGUCCUGAUAUUUUUCAAGAAAUUGUAUUUUUGGUUAGAUGGUUCUUUAAAAAAAAAAAAAAGAUUAUCUUUUUGUUUUCAGCCUAAAAGAAAAACUGAUUUUACGAGUUGUACUGAUGACUUAUUGGCAUCAAUUUUCUUCCUCCCACACUGAUAUUUGGAAAGGCAGGAGAAUUGGUUUGCUUUAAAAACACACUUUCACACAUAGUCCCAUUUGAACCAUCCAGUACAAUGGGGACUUAUCAUUCUCACUUUACAGCUAGCCACAGAAUCAUACAUGCAAGUAGAACUGGAAAGGGCCUUUGGCUCCUGGACUGCAGCUGAGGCCUUGAGAGGUUGCCACUAUUUGUCCCAGAUCACAUCCCUUAGAAUGCAUCUGAAUGGGACGGGACCCUGCUUUUCUGACUCCUGAUCUCAGUGGUUCUCCUUCUCUACCAGGCUGGCCAUGCUGUCCUUGUGUGGGAUAAUGCACUGUUGUUUUAGUAAUGGGGCUGGUUCUAGGAAAUAAAGCCAGUGGGGUCUUGUGAUGACUCACGUGGAGGAACGAAGAUAAAUGAACCAGGAUUGGUGUUCCCAGCCGGAAGCCAAAUCCUAACUAUUUGUUGCUGCUGGGUGGGGGUGUGGCAAUCUCGGCCUGUUAUUUGGUGUCAGUGAUCAUUCUCGACCAUUUUAGAGCCUUGGAGGAAAGGAGUCAUUUGUGAAAGGGCACAAACAGCCUGGGAUCAAAUUCUCCUUUUCAGUGAGCAUCAUUGUAUUUAAGUUCACAAGAAAUCAAUAAAAAUGGGUCUGGUUAAGUGAA